AUGGAUUGCAACCGACUUAAUGUCGACUCGAACAUACGUGUGCGCGCGCACGUGUGUGUGUGUGUGUGUGUGUGUGUGUGUGUCACAGUCAGGUGGCAGUUGACACCGGCUUCUCCUGAAUUGGUGACGAAGUGGGCCGAGGCUCUGGCGAAGCGUUUCGACAAGUUCAAGACGGCCCGGCGGCGAAGCUCCAUGUACACGGCGGUGCAGCAGGACGACUUGAAGCAGCAGCUUGAGGCAGCCUCGCAGCAGCGGCGACUCUGGCGGCGCUUGCUGGCACUUCUGCCUUGUGCCCCGCGACGGGACUUCUCUGAGGCAGUCGGGGGCUCCUUCGUGCCUUACAGAGGGAGCCGGGAGGGCGUGGGUGACCUGGUGGACCAGGAUGCCUUGAGCCAAGUGACAGAUGCGGACCUCAUGGAGGAUUCGGCAGUGACUUUCCUGCAGACCUGCAAGGGCCUCCCUGAGGAUCUUCUGCCGGACUUCCUCUACUCCGUGCGGAAGGGCGUGCCCGAUGGCCUGAAGAGGCUGAUUUGGCCCCUCGCAGCUGGCCAAGCCUUGGCCUCGAAGGUCUCGGAUGUGAACGCAGGCGGGCGCGGCGGGGCGGAAAGCCCACUUAAGCAGAAGCGCCUUUCGCCAGAAGAUACCUCCAGCGAUGUCCUUUCCGGGUGGCCCUCGGAGGGGGGCUAUUGGUCGCAUGCGCUCAUCUCUCUCGUGCUUCCGCUGCCGCAACUGUUCAAGCUCGAGCAACCCCAGAGCACCAUGGUGGAGUACCUCGAAGUCGGCAUGAGGCUGCAUGCGAUGUACAAGGAGGAUGGUCGCUGGGAGAUCAAAGCUGGAAGCCUAGGUGAAUACUAUCCGGCCACCGUCGCCAACAUCAACCCAAAGAAGAAGAAGGCUCCUGUUAAGGUCCACUACACUGCCUACGGGGAGGAGGCCGAUGCCUGGGUGUCCUUGGAUAUGCUCAAGUCCAAGGCUUUGCCGAAGGAGAAGGCUGCGAAGCCCGCCAAGGCGACCGAGAAGAAGACAGCUCCCAAAGCCAAGGUCGUGGCCGUGAAUCUGAAGAAGAAGGGAACGCCUGUCAAGGCUGAGCUGGACUUGCAACUCCACUGCUCGACCAUGCCUUGGCUCAUGAUUUGCAUCACCACCAUCGUCAAGACCCCUCUUCUCUUCGCCGACACCGCGACCAUCGUCAUCGUCGUAAACUUCAUCGGCUACGACAAACAGUACGACGAGUGGCUGGGUGCGGACCGUCUCCGCUCCAAGGCGAUUGUGCCGCUCAAAGAGAAGGAGGGAUCCAAGGCCCCCUUUGGUGCCAUCAUGCCACCAAUGGCAAAGAAGUACCUCCUUGUCAAGGCCAAGGUCAAGGCUCCCCUUGACCCAGGCUUUUGCCCCUUGAUUCUUGCCAAGCAGAAGUACCUGGAGGCGACCAAGGAGUGCACCGACAAGAUCCAGUGGGCCUUGCCGCGCGAGGAGGGCUGCGCGCGCUACUCUCUGCCCGUUUUCCCGGAGACCAACAGGGACUCCCGAGCUUCGGCCUACCUCGCGGGCGUCCUCAUCCAGGAAAUGAUCUGGCAGCGAAGUGCCUCGAGCCUGAUCCUCUUCGGGCCCCCCAAGAUCUGCCAGUUCCUGCAGAAGUGCUACUCGGUUGGAGGAGCUUACGAAUUCGAGGUGAUGUCCAUGCCCAACGUCUGCGGCACACCGGACAAGCCUUUCGAGGUGAAAAUCGUGGAAAACGAGUCCGAUCUGCCCGCUGCAUUCGACACACCUCAGGUCUGCGGCAAGGACGCCAGUGGUUGCCGCCUUGCCUUUGAUCUGGGCAAGAGUGACAUCAAGACGGUGGCUGUGAAGGACAACGAUGUCGUGUACUCGAAGGAGACGGAGUGGGAUGUGACCAACCCGGAUCCCCAGUACCACUACGAUGCGAUCCUCGCGGCAUUGAAGCUGGCCAAGGAGACGCUACCCAAGGUCGAUGCCAUUGGUGGCAGCGCUACAGGGACCGUGUCGGCCCACAACGAGGCGACCUGGUGUGACAUUUUCCCUAACGUCCCACCGGAUGUCUACAAGGAGAAGGUUGUGGACAUCUUCGUGCGAUUGGGUAAGGAGAUCGCUGGAGACGUGCCGCUGAAGGUCAUCAACGAUGGAGAGGUCACGGCCCUGGCCGCAGUGCAGAAGAUCAAAUCUGGAAAUGUCAUGGGCAUUUCCAUGGGAAGCAGCGAGGGUGCCGGCUAUGCCAACGCAGACGGGAACCUCAUGGGCUGGAUCAGCGAGCUCUGCUACUGCCGUCUGGACCUCAACCCGAAGGCCCCCACAGAUCCCUGGUCCAAGGGAGCCCACAGGCGCGUCAGCCUUCCUCCCUUGAACUUCGAUGCAUCCUAUGCCCUGUGCUUCAGGGGCCUUAGCCACAUGUACCUGGGACAGCGCGGCACCACGAAGUUGGCGGCCAAGGGCGGCGUCGAGGUCCCUGCCAACUACAAGUACCCGCAUGCCGACAUGGUUACCAUCAAGCACGAGAACCACGCGCAGUGCCUCAAGCUGAUCCAGGAAGCAAUGAAGACGGACAAGGAGCCUGAGGUUCGGAAGAUCUAUGAGACUGUGGGCGUGUACCUCGGCUACGCUCUUGCACAGUACAGUGAGUUCUACAAGAUCGAUCAUGUCAUGAUCUUGGGACGCGUCAGCAAGGGCAAGGGUGGAGACAUCAUGCUUGACACGGCCAAGAAGGUCCUUCAGGAAGAGUUCCCACAGUUCUCUCACAUCACGUUCCACACGGCCGACGACCACUUCAAGGCCGUGGGACAGUGCAUCGCCGCAGCGGCGCUGCCCGAGUUGAAGUGCGGAGCUCUGUCAAUCGGAGGACGGAUACAUUUGGGAGUUCGCUUUGGGAUUUACUGA